AUGGUGUUUUGUUGGUAGAUUAAACUUUAAUUUAGGAACGAAACACGGUCUGAUCUGGAGAUAACUUUUAGAUGAGGUGGCCUCGAAUAUCCAGUGGCUUUGUUCUCCUCAAUAAUUUUUAUUAAGAAUUAACACUCUUUUUAAUUUUUCGUUUGCUUCAGUUAGCUUUCGUGUCUGCCAUUAAAGCGAUGAACGAGGCAGAACUUAAAGACAAGAAUGUCAGCCACGCCUUGGAAAAAGGACAGGAUCCCCUGGGACGCUCUCCAUUACAACUUGGUAUCGAGGUAACGAUCGCAGUUUUGAUAUGCGUCGCCUGCAUCGUUGGAAACUCAUUAGUUGUGAUCGCCAUUCACCGAACUCCGCGUCUCAACACGAUAACUAAUAUGCUAGUAGAGAAUCUCGCGUGGACAGACAUCUCCAUGGCAACGUUGCACCUGCCAUUUUGGAUCGCGAGCAUGUACAGUGGACAGUGGCCAUUAGGUCACGUGGCUUGCAGGCUCGUUGGCUUCUCGGAACUAGUCUUUGGGACAGCCUCGCUUCAAACAAUGGCAGGAAUUGCCAUUAACCGCUAUUUCAGUAUCGUCAAAAGGAAUUUGUACGUGAAGUAUUUUUCAGACCGUAAAACAACUUAUUUGAUCCUCGCUUUUUCGUGGAUCGUUCCUUUAAUCGUCUGUAGCCCGCCGCUGUAUGGCUGGGGAACGAUCGAAUACAGCAAUAAAUUCACCGAUUGCACAAUGGGCUGGAAUGUGAACGACAUCUCCUUCGUUGUAUUCUUACUCACAAUUUCAAUCUUAACAACCAUGAUCAUUAUUAUCUGCUGUUAUUUCGCCAUCUUUAAGUUCGUAAGGCGAAGCUCCCGUCAGAUUCAAAAUCACAUUCAGUCGGAGAUUCAUAGUAAUCCACACAUUAACACAACAACAGCGAAAAGAGAAACGAAGAUUAUCAAAAUCUUUGUUGCUGUUGUUUGCGUCUAUGUCCUCUGUUGGACACCAGUCUGUGCUGUCGGGAUUUUGGAAAUAAUCGAUCUUGCAGCUCCGCGUUUCGUCUACAUCAUUGUUUAUUAUAUGAUGUUUUCGAGUAGUUUUUGGAAUCCGAUCAUAUACGGUGUGUUUAACACGCAGUUUAAGGAAGCUUUCAAGCAAAUGUACAACACCCUGAAACCGUCAGAAGCACGAAGCAGCACUACCGAGAGAUCGCGUCCCCCUGGAGAAGAACUGGCAUUAACCCGACGAAUGUUCUGUGCUGAGUCUGAGCAGCAAAAUACUUGAGAAAAAAAGCAGAACUCAAGCAU